AGGCAGAGUCAAGCUCUCCACUCACAUUCUUCAAAAGAAGGGAAGGCAAGAUGAGGAGCUCUUUGUUGCUGUGUGUGACCUUGGCUGUUUCCUUGGGGAUCAUCCAUGUGGCAGGUUAUCCAGUGGACCUCGAGGAUGAGGAGUACGUGCUGGUCAAUAAUAAGUGCCAGUGUGUAACAGUGACCUCAAAGUUCRUCCCUUCCAAAGAAAAUCCUGAUGAAGAAGUCUUGACAAGAAACAUACGCAUCAUAGUCCCCCUGAAGGCUCGGGAGAACAUCUCUGACCCCUUGUCCCCGCUCAGGACCACUUUUGUCUACCGCAUGAGUGAMCUCUGCAAAAAUUGUGAACCCGUAGAAAUUGAUCUGGGUGGGGCGAUUGUUCAGGCCCAGCAGGGCAAUGCCUGUGAGGAGCCACAGACCUGCUACACCUACGACAGGAACCAGUGCUACACGUCCCCUGUGCCACUCCUGCACCACGGCGAGGUGACACACGUCCAGGCAGCUCUGACACCAGACUCCUGCUUUGCUGAGUAGCUCAGCUCUCUGCUCUGCUGGAGCCUUGAUGCCCCCUGUGUUCUACCCAAAACACACCACAGCACCCCUACAGAAAUCCAACUUGUCUGUUCACAUUUCCAACUUCACCCUCGUGCCAUCUCCCUGGUUGUCAAACUCUCUUUUCAUGCACCUGCAAUGCCAUUUCAUGUGUCAGACCAUACAGACCAGAUCCCCAGCAGAUACAGGGCAGUCAUUCCCUGAUUUACAGCUCUGGGGAAKCUGCCCUUUGCAGUCUCCUGGGUGUUUUCCCAUCAGCAGCAAUGUCUGUGCCCUUCCCUUCCCAAACACUCUAAACCUCUGCACAACAUUCACACAAGGUCCUUGAUGACUUAGCAGCAUUUAUACCCUUGGAAGAGUGCUGCAAAACCAAAUUUAAAAGAAAAAAUGAAGGAUGAGACUGAAAAAUCCAACUUUUCAAGUUACUUUACAAUUGGRCACCCUAGACCCUUCCAGCACUUGGACAUCUGCAAGCUUCCAGUUCUCACAGAUUCAGAGAAGAUCAAAAGAUGCCGCUACCCUGAAGUGUUUUGCAAAGUUGCCAAACCCUCAGCUGUGCCAGGAAUACUCAACUCUUCUGGGAGAUGUUGGGCAUUUCACUUUCCCCACAGCUUUACUGCUACUGCUGCCUUCUUCCACCCCUGCUUCUGGUUCAAGUAGUAAAAAAAAAAAAAUCAAGCUGGCUCAAAUUUCUUUUCUUGUUCCUCAUUUUGCAUUUAAAACCUUAAAAAUUCUAWGAAGGGGACAUAAUUGCUAGAGAAGGACCCCAGUUCAGGGUUCACAUGUGGAAUAAUGAAACAGUAAAAAUCUUAUUGCCAUAAUUGUAGUUUUGUUAGUGACAUUCAAUAAACUAUUUUCUGCAUCA